GAAAGCCCAAAAAAGAAGAAAAUGAGCCACGAAGGCUUCGGCUAUAUCAAGGACGAAGUAGCCCGCAGACAUUACCGGCUCGAAGCGUGCUGGUGGCGAGCUUGGGGGAGGCCUAAGCACAAAGAAGCCCACAACUGCCACUAAGGCGGUUGGCAGGAAAAACAUUACGAAGCCUCGAAAUGGGCCAAUGAAGAAGACGUCUAAGCCAACUGGAUGCUCGGAGAAAAAUAAAGCACGCGAGUAGCAAAUUGGCUCAGGCAAAGAGGUCACCACGCAAGCCAGCGACCUUAGAAAAGAAGUGGCCAAAUGCUUGGCCAAGAAGAAAUCCGCUUCUGUUGGCGAGGCAAGUGAUUCUAGGGGGAGUAAACUUGGCUCAUCCCAACCAAAAAGUAAGGAGACAAACGAAACAGCCCAAGCUAUGGUCGAUGGGCUGAUCAACCAACUCCCUGACCAUAUCGAUGUUGGGGCCACAGUGGCUAGGGAUUGCGUUACCCUAUGAACAUUCGUGGCUGUCAAGGACUCGUCUCCCUCUCAUAUGUUAGCUUUAACUUGCAACUACGUGGUGAAGGCUGUCAUGGCAAGCAAACUUCUUUACGAGGAAUGCAACGACACUUUAGAAGCAAACCACCAAAAAUGGAAGGCUAUAGAGACAGUGAAGGAGGAUGCUCUGGCUAGGGCCAAGCUUGCAGAGAAAGAGAAGAAGGCUAGAAGCGCUGAUCUCGAGCGGCUCAAGGGGGAAGUCGCAACCUUUCAGGUCAAGGAAAGGGAAUUCCUUGACAAGCUUAAAGUGAGUAAGAACGCUCGAGUUAAGGCAGCAAAGGUCGCAGAGGCUUUGGCGUAACAGCAGGGUGCCAACAACAAACUGAAUUCUAAGCUAUCCUCGGCUUAGAAAGUUACCACAAACUGGGAGGCCAAGUCCAAACAGUCUUCGCUCGACCUUGGCCGGGAGUUGGCAGGUCGCCAAGAGGCCAAAGUUGAGGCUAGAUAGCUCAGGCUUCGGAUUGACGAGUUGAACGAGGCUAUUACUACUCAGGUAUGGGAAACAUCCGUCUUUCUUGUCCGAAAAUUGUAGGAAGCCCAUCCUUCGAUUGACUUCUCUUUCCUUCCCCAAGCUUAUCAGAAGGAAGUGGAAAAGAUAAAGGUCGAAGCUCGGGGGGAAACCAAUGUUUACUCGGAUGAGUCCAAGGAAGAGGGCAAGGACCAAGAAGAGAUCGAGCCCUAGCUCCGGGUCGAGGAUCCAACUCCCCUGAACAUGAUUCCACUAGCUAAGGUUCCCGACCUUGGAGAGGAAGUCAUCGUUCCUCCUAUUAACGAGCCAUCUCUUCCUCUCGAUGAAGCUCCUGCUCCCUU